AUGGCCCAGAGUGUAGUUUAUGCUGACCUGAGGUUUGCCAAGGUGAUGGGGAGCCGGAGCACGGCCAGCCAGGCGCUGGAGGCAGCCCUUGGCAUGGACGAUACGGAGAGCCCCUACGAGAAUACACAGCCGGCACCAGUGGGGCAGGAUGGGGAUGGGGGGCCCUGGUCCCGGCGGUGGUGCAUCCAUGUGGGGCUGCUGGCAACCUGCCUGCUGUUGCUGGUGGCCACUGUGGCCCUGGGGGUUUGGGCGGAGGUGCAGCGAGCGUGGCGGGAGGGCAACAGCAGCCGGCUGGAGCUGGGGAGCCUGGACGUGGAGCUGAGUCGUGUCAUGGGGGUCCUGGGGAAAAUGGAGAAGGAGAUGCAGGAAGUACAGGGGAAGCUCAACAACAGCGAGAGCACCGUGGCCAUCUUGCGCUCCUGCACAGCGAUAGACUGCUGCCCUUCGGGAUGGCUGCUGUACAGGGGAAAGUGCCUCUUCAUCUCAUCGGAGAAGAAGACAUGGGAGGACAGCAGAGAUGAGUGUGAGAGAAAAUAUUCUCAGCUCCUGGUCACCAAAUCCUGGAAUCGCUGGACCGUGCCGACCUUCCUGAAGAAUGCUGACAUCCCAUAUUGGAUCGGGCUGCAGAAGGGCAGCUUCCCCUGGUAUGAAUAUGGCUGGCUGGAGGAAGAGGACCCAGAGGGUGGCGGGAUCUCAGAUGCCUGGUUCUGGGUGGAUGGCUCCCUUUAUGAAAGGCCGUGGCAGUCGAAGUCAAACGGCUCCUGUGCGAUAAUAAGCCGUGGGAACAUCAAACCCACCCAGUGCUCGGGUCCCAGUGACCUGCACCUCUGGAUCUGCGAGAAGGUGCCGGGGCCGAGCUCCCCUUUCGAGUGA